AUGAUUACAAGAUCUGCCUGGCUUCUUCUGUCGAGGAUCUUCUGCAGGUCAUCCACAAAGAAGAAAAUAAGGAAAGAAAAGAAUGUUGAGUCAACAAAAGAAAAGACUGUUGAGUCAACAAAAGAAAAGUCUCCAAAAAAGAAGAAAUCUGGAGAUGGCCCAGAAGAUCACAUGUAUCCACUUGCCAGACAGCGCUUUGUUAAUGUGAGAGAGUUUCGCGGCAAGGUGUUAAUCGACAUCAGGGAAUACUACACAGAUAACUCUGGAGAACUUAAACCAGGCAAAAAAGGCAUCAGCCUAACCGUAGAACAAUGGGAAAAGCUUAAAGAUGCCAUGGAGGAUGUCAACGACAGUGUUCGAGAACUCAGCUAGUAGCUAAGAUUGGCAAAACCAUGUUAAGUGGUAUAAUGGAUAGUUUAUAUCUAAAUCCUAUAUCACUAGUCUUUUUCACGCUAGUGCACAACAAAGAAGACUUCAAGGAAAUCCUUGCAAUGUAAAACCCAGAGUACAAAGUCCAUUCUUCCUUGCACAUUUCCUGCAGUUUUCCUGGAGCAAUAGGGACUUUGUGUAAUGUACCCGGGGUUACCUUACUCAACCUUGCUCCCAAAGCAGGGGUAGAUGUUUCCAAGGAGAUUGCCAUGUUAACUUGUAAUUCAAGUGUUAAAAAGACAUCAAAAUCCCCCCGAAUAAUCCAGGAUUUGUUUCUAGUGUGAAAAAUGCUUUUAAUGGAUUGCCUGCUAUGGGAAGGUUGUACAUUUGAACAAUGUAUUUUAUAUACCAACAGAUAGACUUUUUUACUUGAAUCUUUGUGUAGCAUUACAAGUGGGGAAAUUUGAAAGUUAAAUUUGAUUUCUUCAUUUAAAGCUGCUUUCUUCUACUUACACAACUCAUCAAGCCAGAUGGGAUUUUUGUAUACACUGGCUUCGAUCAUGGAAAAGUAUGGGAACAUUUAAGCAUUACCAUGGUAAUUAUUUCAGUUUCUAUUGGUGAUGAAUUUCUCAAAAGCAUUCAAGUAGGAUUCAAAGCUUGCUACAGCUAUAUGAACUAUAAGAAAUUGAGUAGGCUUACUGGUGGUCAUAACAAAGUGAAUCCAAAUGUUGGUUCAGUACUGGUCUUUAUUGGCGACGUUAAUUUAAUCAAUGUAGUUACCGAUAACACAAAUACUGUCUGCAACACAAAUUACUGGAGAAGAGAUGUGAGUAUCACACAAACAUCUGGAUCAAAACUGUUUCGAUCCAGGUGUGUAGACUUGCCCCAGUCCUUCCGAAUCAGGCUCUAAAACAGUCGUUGUAGCGCCCUCUACACAUAAACAGGGUCUCCAAUCAAGACUAGGAUAGUAAAGGACUUAAGGAAAAUGUUGAGCCGUUCCUGAUGCUAAUUAGCUGAACUGUUGUAUGACGCAUGCAUUCCAUAAAGGCUUAAUGAUACUUAUCUUAAUUUGAUAUCAGCCAGUGCCAUGCUGGGAAACUGCAACUGCACUGCAUUGCUGUCUUUAACCAAAAACUAAAUUUUCAUUAUAAAUGGAUGUCUCAAGUUUGUUUAAUUAUGACCUCAAAACAAAUCUUUGGACUCUAUCAUUAAACAGUGGCCCUUAUUUUGCGUCAUCACCAUGUGUAAAACUCCUCAUUAUACAUAUACAACAUGUAAAUGUUAAAGAUAAGUCCAAUCUCAGUUAAAGUUAACACACCCUGACAAUUAGCUUAAUUUUAUUGACUUUAUGGUUGUUGGUAUGAUUAGGUAAUCCCCAAGUUUCAAUUAACACUACAUAAAUUCUGUUUCCAUUUUAUUAAGAAAAUUAAAAAAUAUUGAG